AUGCCAUCAACGAUCACCUCUUCGCACAAAUCCCUCAUCAAAUCCACCCUGCCUUCCUCCUCCUUUCGAAUCUUGACAGCUACGCAAGCUCGCAUCUAUGUUGCCCAUCCUCAUCCUUCCACUUGGACCUAUGCCGGUCUUGAGGGUGCGCUGGCGUUGGUGGUGGACAAGAGCAGAGGUGGAUGCGCUUGGAAGCUGAUCGAUUUAAAGGUGAGUGGGGGGUGUGGUGGGGGAUGUAGUGGGGGGAGUGGGAGUGGGUGCGGGUGCGGGUGUGGGAGUGGGUGUGCAGAUGAAGCGAGAUGCUGAUCAUGCGUCCCUUUGCGCAUUCAUCCCCUCGUAGGGCACAAGAGGAGUGUUGUGGACGCACGAACUGUACGAGCCCUUGUCUUACCACCAAGAUCGAGCCUUUUUCCACUCUUUUCCUGGCGAUGUGAGUGCGGGAAAGCAGCCUUGUGCUCGGCCAUCCCCCGCUUGCUCACAUCCUUUCGUCGCAGGAUUUCCUGAUUGGCUUCAGCUUUGCUGAUGAGGCAGAGGCGGGCGAGGUGUACAAAAAGAUUCAAAAUAGGCACAAGUAUGGUCAGUGUGCUCCCGCUUCAAGCAUGUCAUUCCCCACUCCAUCACUGACCCACUUGCUUCGCGCCACGCCACGCCACAUUCCAGCCAAGUCAGCCGGCGCCUCAUCGCUCAAAUCGACCAGUGCGGGCAAGAAAUCCAAAAGGGGCGCUGCUUCAUCCAGCGCGGGCACGGGCAAGCUGGACAAGUCGAUGAUCUCAGCGCCUUCGGAUUUCAAACACUUAGCUCACAUGGGCUUCUCUAGCGAAAAGGGUUUCAGCAGCAACAAUGUCGAUCCGACGUGGGGCAAAUUGUUGGAGCAAUUGGCAGGAAUGGGCGUUUCGAGAGCAGAUAUCGAAGGCAACGAAGGAUUCAUCAAGGAUUUCGUCGCCAAUAGGAGAGGCGCUGCUGCUGCUACACGCUCCAAAGGCACAGCACCAGCGCUGUCCAGCACCAAGAAGAAGGUCGCUCCACCCGCUCCUAGUAGAGCUCCCACUUCUGCUCGCAAACAACCUCCUCCUCCUCCUCCAGCUCCGCGGACGAGCACUAGAGUAGCAGCCCCCUCUGCUUCCGCACCACCACCACCACCUCCACCUCCUCCCGCCAGAAGCUCAGCGGCAGCCUCUGCUCCACCGCCUCCGCCACCUCCGCCAGCUCGUUUGGGCGGCUCCACAGCUGCUUCUCCUCCGCCGCCACCACCCCCACCUCCAUCAGGUCCUUCCCGAUCAGCCGGGGCGCCACCACCGCCUCCUCCUCCGCCUCUCCCACCCGGCAGCAGCAGCAAUUCGCCCGCUGCCCCCGCAAAUCUCCCCGCUCCCCAAUCGGGCAGAUCAGACCUGCUGGCUUCCAUUCAAGGCAAGAGCGUGGCGAACCUGCGCAAGACUUCUGCACCUGCGGAAAGAUCCGGCGGCGGUUUGGGGAUGGGAAGCGUUGUGGGAGCUGCUGGAAUUGCGGGUGCGGGUGCGGGUGCGGGUGCGGGUGCGGCGAUGACGACGACGACGACGACGAGGGAAGAUAGUCCGGCACCUGCAGAAGAUACAAACGAUUUGGCCAGCGCACUCGCUGCUGCACUAUCCGCUAGAAAGGACAAUAUGGGAGAUGAUUCGGAAGAGGAUGGAAGCGAUGAGGAUUGGUGA